ACAUACAUGUAGAAGUCUACGUCUAAAACAAAUAUUAACAAAAAAAGUAAUUCCUGUUUUCAUAUUCUCUACCACCUAUCAUCACCUGCUUCGGAUAAAGUCGAUUUGGGAGCCUGGAUACUGUUCUGUUACGUCGUUAAAUAUUUCGAUAACAGCAUAGAAGAUGGCGAACCGUAGCUACAACAAUACCACUCAACAAGCUGUCUCGAACCAGGGAGUUGGGAUUGGGACUCCCCACUCGAACAAUGUCAAUGGCAACAACACCACAUAUCAUCGUGGUUGCGUCUCCAAGGGCUUUCAGGUGACAGGUAUAAUGCACAUUGUGGCUGGAGCUUUGUGCAUAGUGCUUGGUAUUGCAGCCAUCAUUCUCCAAGCCUAUAUUUCAUACCUGGCUAUGCCCAUUUGGGGAGGUUUACUGAUCUUCAUAGCAACUGGCACAAUCGGUGUUGCUAACUUCUACAAGCCUAAAAGCAAGAAAAUUGUAAUAGCCUACCUUGUGAUGUCCACCAUUUCUGCAUUUUUCGCUUUCUCGAUGAUGGUAACAUUUGGGAUUGUUACUGGACCAGAUUACAAUUAUUAUCAAAGCUUUAUUUGUUAUCCCCUUCCAAGGACCCACUGCGAGAGCCCAAUAUGGUCUCGCAUUCUCGUCAACUCUGUCUUGAUCUUGGUCUUCCUUCUGGAGAUAGCUUGCGGAGUGACAUCGGCCUCUAUGUCCUGCUACAAGGCAUGUAUGUGCUGCCGACGUUGCUGCAAACUGUGCAAAGAUGAGCCAGGAAACUCAAAUAUGGUCUACUUUGCCGCCAAUAUGGGAGGUGUACCUAUGAUGACAGUGCCCAAUACACAGUGUUCAAGACCAAUCUACAUUGCAGGUGGUACGUCAGGCAAUGCUACCCAGCCUAGUCAAUUGAUGUAUCUGGCACCAAGCCCUCAGCCUCAAUCUUUUGUAGCUAUGCCAGCAGGGACCCAACAGAACCAAACUAUCCCACAAUUGCCACCACCCCCGCAGUAUCAACAAAACCCACAACUGCAGCAACAGUUCAUACAACCGCAGCCUGCAGGAAUGGUCCAGCAGCUGAGUGGCCUUCCAGCGGGACAAGCUGGCUUCGUCCAGGUCCAAGGCCCAGGGCAGAUGCAGCCUCAAGGUCUUGCUCAAACCCAGCCAGCCACAGAACAGCAACCAUCUCAACAGCCACAACCAGCAGGAAUGGUCCAGCAGCCUAGUGGCCCUCAACCAGGACAAGCAGGCUUCUUCCCGGUCCAGGUCCCGGGGCAGAUGCAGCCUCAAGGUCUUGGUCCAUCCCAGGUAGUCCAACAACCACAACCAGCAGGAAUGGUCCAGCAGCUAAGUGGCUCUCCACAAGUUGGCUACUUCCAGGUGCAAGGACCUGGAGGACAGAUCCAGAUGAUCCCUGCCCAAGCACUCUACCCACAGGUCAUGAUGGCGCCAGCUCCUCAGCAACUUGCACCAACUCCGCAACCUGUACCGACUCAGCAGCCUGGACCCGCUCAGCAGCAAGUCCAGCAGACAACAGCGCCCUCUAAGCCAGCUGAAGACCAAGCUAAGGAAGAAGUCAGCGAACCAAGCGAGUUGCCUUCUGGUCAAGUCACUUCUGGCCAGUUCAGUGACCAGGCUGCACUCAUCUAAGCUUAACAAUGAAAGUUCAUCUAUCUUCAACUUACUAAUAGUCUUUGUAAUCAACAGUCCUGACAGAUGCUCCAUUAUAAUUUCAUUGUAGAGAAAUAUCAAUACACACAAGAUGUAAUUACAAAGUAUCUCCACGUUAUACAUUAGAUCUAAAGAACAAUCUGACAUUCUUGUUAAAUGAUUUAACUAAAAUGAUCCAAUAUCUUUGAGUACCGGGUAGGUGACUAGGUGGACCCUCUCAAAGAUAUUCAGUGUUGUCACUUUUAGUAGUACCGGCUAGAGUUUGGUCCUCAUCAGCAAGUUAUAUGUAAAGCAAAUAUGACUCUUUUUCUAAAAAAAGAAGUUUUUAUUCAAAUCAGUAAAGCAUUUGAAAUUAGUGUUAUGAUACUAGCCAAAAUUAUUUUAAGAUAUGUACAUGUAUUUUACUUUUUUAUAUUAAAGCUAAGGUUGUACUGUUAAUUUGAAAUAUCUAUGUUAAAGUACUAUGUUAUGACUCAGAGUCAAAUUGAUAGUUUGGGAUUGUACAUGUAAAUACUAAUUUGUAUAUUAUGUAUGCAUACAUGCAAUUCUUAUACCAUAUUACAUAUAAUCAUAGAAAAAAUUUCACUGUAUAAAUUGAAUCUCUAUUAAUUCAAAUUUCAUUGUAAGUGUGCCUAUAGGUGUUUUACUUUAACUCUUUUUUUUAUUAAUUUGAUUUAAUCACAUUUUAUUUGUUGAUAAUGUUACCUGCCAUUAACAUUUAAGAGGCUUUCACUGAUUAUACAGUGUAGAUUAUGAAAUGAACAAUCUAUCAUUUAUAAUUAAUUAUAUUAAUUGUGUAGAGAAACAUCUUUUUUUUGCUUUACAAUUAUCCAGAUCAUGUUCAAAUAAAAGAUUCAUUAUGAAUUGAUCAGUACUCUUAGAUUAUCUUAUUAAGUAGAAUUCAAGGAUUCAAUUUCUAUUACUAAUAAUUUUCAAAGCCUAUUUUCCUGCCCUUGCUCAUAUUGUAAAUGAAAUCCAACUGAAAUAGAUGUUAUGCACCUUUGUUAAACUACUGUGGGUAACGGGGGAACAGAAACUUAUUCAUGAGUAAAACUCAGCUGAAUUUUGUCUAUUUAGUGUAAUAUAUAAUAUGGAAAAUGCACUGCUGCAAUCAAUUUGUGAAUGCAGCUGUCUUAUAUAUAAAUAUAUGAAUGGGUUUGGUUUUUAUAUCUUGUUUAAUCUUUUCUUUCAUUUCAUUUUUAAACAAAAAACUUUUUAGGAUAUAUAUUUUGAUUUGUCACACAACAGUACUAUAUACUACCAGAAUUAUAAUAGAGGAAAAUCAUGCAGAAUAUAUAUUAUGUAACCAACUUUUUCUUCAGGAACAAAGUGGCUUAUAAUUAAGUGCAUACCAUAUACAUUUGGUCAAAAAAAGGAAAUAUGGAAAAAUGAAUACUAAAGAACAGUCAAAAUGCAUCUCUUUUCCACCCAAGAUUGUGGAGGAGCCAUGGGAUACUGCCAUGUGAAUACUGCCAGAUACUCCCAUCUUUGCAAUUGUUUUCUCAGCGACUCAUUUCUGGUUAAAAACGUUUGCUCACUCAUGCAUGAGUGGUAUGAUACCAAUUGCAUAUCAUAGAGAGGUUUGAUUUUUGUUAAUAUAUGAAAGAUAAGUUUAUAUUGAAUACAUGUAUAUAUUUGAAAAUCUUUACUAUGAAUAUUUGUUCACCUUCUUUCUAUUAGAAUUACUUAACAAUUACAAUUAUUAUGUACUAUUUAAAUCAAACAUGUGUAUUAUGUCUUUAAUGGCUUUUAAAGAUAUUUGUCAUGUCUAUUUGUGUAACCUUCUAAAGGUGUAAUUCUUAACAGCUCUUAUUGUCAUGUGGUAUGCUGGCUUUCAGUCAAUAAUAAACUUGCUUACUAGCAAUCAAGUAUCUUCUCAUAA